AUUGUCCGGCGUUGUUGGCCGCCGCGUGUGUGUAUGGCGUACGCGCGCAUGACGUUUCCGCGCGGUGAAACGCCGUGGCCCGGUUUUCGCGGUGGGGCCACCCGUUCUGUCCGUCCUCCUCCUGCUGUGGCUGUGACUCCUGUCUGUCGUGCCGCGUUCGCCGCUCAGUGAAGACACGCUCCGCUCGGCCAAGAUGGUCACGGUGAAGGGACGCAAGAGCUCGAGCAAGAAUCCGCCGAUCCUCAGUCACGAGUUCAUCAUACAGAACCAUGCGGACAUCGUCUCCUGCGUGGCUAUGGUCUUCGUGAUCGGCCUCAUGAUACAGGUUACUUCACCAUGGGCUUAUAUGUUCAUUGCUAUUCACCAUAAUGUGACCAAUACUACUGAGGACCCAACAGCAGUGGUAAAAUAUACCACAGGCUGGAAAGAUUCAUGUGCCGUGUUCUUUUAUUUCUUGAUAACUAUUAUAAUACAUGCUGUGCUUCAGGAAUAUAUAUUUGAUAAAAUUUCUAAGCGGCUUCAUCUCAGCAAAGUAAAGCUUUCUAAAUUCAACGAGUCCAGCCAAUUGAUAGUGUUUUAUACAGCGUCUGCAUUGUGGGCCAUUGAUAUUAUAAUUAGAGAAAAUAUACUUCUGAACGUGUGGACGUUGUGGGAAGAAUAUCCGAUGCCGAUGACCGCCUACUUAAAACUAUUUUUCAUCGGUCAGCUUUCUUAUUGGCUGCACUGCUAUCCUGAACUCUAUUUUCAACGAAUUAAGAAAGAAGAUAUUUUGCAACGCGUCUUUCACGCAACCAUUGGAUUAGCCUUUACAUUCGCAGCUUAUUUCUUCAACUUCCAACAUCUCGCCCUGAUCUUUUUAACUUUCCAUUAUGUGGGAGAUGCUUUACUACAUACAGCCAGACUUAUUCAUUUUAUUAGUCAAAAAGAAAAGAGAACAAAAUUAGCAUUCCUGGUUGCCAAUUCGGUUUAUAUAUUCGCCCACGUCGCAACUAUCGCGCUUACAUGUGUAGUGUUCUUGUAUGGAUUAAGAAAGCAAGAGUUUAAGUUCGAUUAUACCACCGGUAACUUUAAUAUUCCCGCAGUGCAAUUCUCGGCAGUAUUGGUUAUCUCGCUCUUCCAAGGCUACCUCCUAUACGUCUUCAUUGCGAAGCAGAUCAAGCGUUCACGCGAAAAUGCCGCGCCUGUUGUCGUAAAGACGAAAUCGAAACCGAAAUCGAAGAAGCGAGAAGGCAAGAAAUCCGCCUUGUCCGAGGACGACGAUCUUCCAGAAGUAGACCAGGCGACGAAGAAGAAUCUGAGAAAUCGUCCUUCAGCGAAAGCAAAAUAGAUGCUCAAUAAAUUGGAGGAAUCACAAGGUUGAUUGGCUAUUAAUUUUAUUUGUCUUCAUGGCACGAACAUGUUCCACCAAGGUGUACAAAAGCGCAUUCUUCUUAAUGCAAAAAAAUACGAAGCUUCCAUAACGUUACCGUUCAAAAGUCACGUCGAACAGAACGCUGAAGUAAUUGAUACUUAGAUUUUGUAUUUGGUAGUUGUAGAAAUAAAUAUAUUUUCAAUGUUUUAUGAGAGAUAAGCGUAUAAUGUUGGCUAUGCCAGUCGAUAUUUUUAACUCUACAAAUGAGUUUUUUUCACCAUUUUAUUGUUUUCAUAUGAAUUGUAGGGAUAAAUGUUGCAUUCGUAUGGAAUCGCAGAAUAUUAUUGCACACUUUGGUACGUUGUCUUUUUAUGCACGUACAUAUUCUGAAUAUGUGUAAACGCGCGUUAUUUAUAAUCCAAUUAUGAGAAUUUAUACGAUUUUUAUCUCUAUUUACUGUUAUUUGAAAUUCUUUAUAAAUUUUUUGACGCACCAAUUUCUUUUGAUGAUUUAGAAUUGAGAUCAAAAUAGAACUAUCCAAGUUUUCACUCUUCAAUCUUUCUUCUAUUGCCUUGCUGAUUCAGAGGAGAGAUUGAAGAGAAAACUGACUGGAGUUUGGAUCACUCUCGCUUGUUAUUCUGAAUUUAUCCUUAGAAGAAAAUAUUUAAAUAGAAUAAAAAUAAAUUUAUUAUACUAGCAUUAAGUUACAAAACAAAAGAUACACUGAAAUAAUAUGUUGGACCAGAAAUAUGUUACAAGAAUCAUGCUACACAAAAAUAUACAUAUCGUAUUAUGGAAUUGUAAUAUUGUUAUGUAAGUUUUACUAUUUUUUUAAUACAUAUGUCAAUGGAAAGAGAAACAAUCUCGUUGUUACAGUAUCAUGUGCUUUAUAAAUUAUAUUUUUUUUAAAUUACUAUUCUGAGGAGAAACCAUAAACAAAAGCUUUUGAGAAUUAAUUUCUUUUGAUAUUGCCACUGUUCUGCAACCUUAUCCUGUCGAAUUUCUAUUCUUAAUUUUACUUGAGCCGUGUGAUAAGAAUUUAACACCGUAACAAAUCGAUGAUUUUUUUGUGUUUUUGAUCUUUGAUUUUUUCAAGAAGAUGGAAUAUGUAAUGAUAUUAUUUUAAACAAUAUAAUUGUUUAAAAACUUAUUGGUUUUUAAAUAAUAUAAUAUUAAAACUGAAUAAGAUUACAGUUGUAAGUUUUACUAUAUAUUAUGCUUUUCUGUACAGGUAUUUAUUUUUAAAAUAUGAUUUUUUGCACAACAAUCUUAUGUAACAAGAAAAAGAUUCUGAUUAUAUAUUUUUAAGAAAUUAAAAAAAAAUAAAACUAAUAUUAAUAUGGAAUAUGUAACGACCGUUAAAAAAUUUAUUCGCUAUUAGCUUGUAUCAAAUAAUAAUUGUGUGAAUUGAAUAAGAUUUAUAGUUGCAUGUUUUUCUAUGUACAUCUAUUUUUAAAACUAAUAUUACUGACUUAGCAUAAGUACUCUCAAGAAUGGAAGAAAAAAUAAAAUAGAUUUUUCC